AUGGCAGACCCGCGGCUCGACGUCGAGGCACUUUCUGCGCCUUCAGAGGAGGCUAGGGGAGGCGAUGAUGCAAUACACAUCGACGUUUCGAAGGCCAUAGGUGAUGUCCGUUUGGUUCUCAAGGGUCUUUCGCGUAUAGAGAGUUCGGCUGUCUAUCCGGAUCUGGUACCUGUGACGAAGGCUAGCACCGUGCAAGAGCUGUUUUCGUCCCUAGAUGAAUCACACGGGCGUUUGAACAAAUUGGGGUUAUUCAAGACCGUAGUCUCUAACGUCCACCGCGGAAGGCGUCCAGGGGACGUGAACGUCGUCUUCCAGUUCGAGGAAAAAACGCCGUCUUAUUCGAUCGGCGUUACGACUAACCAAAAGGCUGAAGCUAAUAUCGAAGUUAAAGGUGAUGUGCCUGGGAUCUUCGGUACCUGCAAUUCCGCUUCACUUCAGCUGAACAAUUCAGGUUGUGGCUCUCAAAAGAUCGCGUUCUCAUACUUCAUUCCGCGUAACUUUGGUUUGCCGAAUUUCACAAGUGUCUUCCAGCUGUUUGCAUCCCAGAGGGACUUUGCAAACUACUCGUCGUUUUCGACUAAAACCAAGGGAGUGUCUUUCACCAUGUCCGAUGUCAACAAGCGGCACCAGUUAACUUGGGAGGCUUCUGUGAACGAUUUGUAUCCUGUGUUCAACGAACGCCGUCGCGCUUCUGAGGCUGUACUAAGACACGCUGGUAGGUCGCUUAAGAAUGCAUUGUCUUAUCAAUACAUUAUUGAUGACCUCCGUGGCGAAGGUAUCCCCAGCGAUGGGCAAUGCACGCAAUUCAAAGUCGAGGCUGGCCUGUCUGGUGGUGAUCGGCAGUUCUUGAAAUUCGACUACGGUAUGCUCCAUGCCAAGCUCAUCCGGCACAAAUACAUCUUUCAUCUGAACCUUUCGUUGGGUUAUAUGAGGCCGUUUGGUUCCCUGAGGAAUGGGAUAAGUCUGCUUGACCGGUUUCACUUUACUGGAAACGGGGGGGCGAGCACCGCAUUCCGGGGGUUUGGCUUCCGCGGGGUAGGUCCGUGUGACCAGGGGUCGAUAUUCGACAACGAAAGUAACGGCUGGCAGCGUAUACCAGAACACAUCGGGGGAGACUGCUACGGAAACCUUCAAUUAGCACUGCAUUGUCCGUUGAAGUACGAGGAUUACCGUUUGCCAUUAGCUUUCUGCUUUUUCAAUGUAGGUUCUCUCACCGCAAUAGAAGAUCGUCAACCGCAUGAAAAUGUCUACUCCCAUAUGUUUCGCGCGGUGCGAAUGUCUCUGGGCGCCGGCGUCAGCAUGUCUGUGGCGCCAGGAUGUUGGUUGGAGGCGUUUGUAGCGCAGCCCCUACUCUACGCGCCUACCGACACAAUCAGCCGAUUGCAGUUGGGGCUCAGGUUCAAACACAACGUAAUGUAA